CAGCAGCAGCAUCGCGCGCAAAGGAAAGAGGCUCGCUCGGCACCACCCCCCCUCACCGCAGACCCCACCCAGAGAGAGAGAGAGAGCAAGCGCGGGCCGCAGCACUCCACCAUGACGCACAAGCAGGACCACCCCGCUGCACCACCCGCUCAAAAGCGCAUCAAGCUGCACCAUGUCCACCCUCCCCUGACCGAAGCAGCCCACGCCGGCGGCGACAACAGCGAUGGCGGUAGCGACAGCAGCAGCAGCAGCAGCGCGAUGCCGCACGUGCGCCCGCUCGGCAACGCACUUGGUCUGCCGUCCGCGCAGACGAGCGGCGUGCGCACCCGUGGGCUUGGGCGCUUGGCCGGCUGUAGCGACGAGCUACUUCUCGAAACACUCCUCCCGCGCAUCGCCCGGGCUUAUGCGUGCGCCUGCGCGCUCGACAGCCGCGCCGCAGCGGCCAAUGUCGGUGACGAC